GUAUUUAAACCCGCGGUCUAGCGAUUUCAGUCACACAGAAAUGUGAACUAGUGUGAGAUAUACACGGUUAGCGCUUAAGGAGUUUGGGUUCCAAACCCCGGGAAAAGUGUAGCAAGCCGAGAAAUUCGCUUCAGAGGAGAAGUCCUAGACUAAAAUGGUGAACCAAGAGAGAAUGCGAGAGGCCAUGUGCCAGGCACGCAACGUGCGCAACAUGGCUGUCAUUGCGCAUGUGGACCACGGAAAGACGACGCUCACGGACGCCCUGCUGGCACGUGCUGGGGUCAUCUCGCUCGAGCAGGCGGGGGACAAGUGCGCCACCCACACCCGCAAGGACGAGCAGGCCAAGGGAAUCACCAUCAAGUCGACUGCGGUGUCUAUGUUGUUCGAGCGUAUCGGCUCCACCCCCGGGGAGAGGCCCGUGGAGGGGGAAGGACGACCCCUGGUCGUCCACCUGAUUGACUCCCCCGGACACGUGGACUUCUCCUCUGAGGUGACUGCCGCUCUGCGCAUCGCCGACGGCGCCAUGGUCGUCGUGGAUUGCAUUGAGGGCGUCUGUGUGCAGACAGAGACGGUGUUGCGGCAGGCGCUUGCGGAGCGGAUACGGCCGGUGUUGAUGGUGAACAAGAUGGACAGGGCGGUGUUCGAGAUCCAGCUGACGCCCGAGGAAAUGUACCGGGCUCUGGUCAGGAUCGUGGAGAACGUUAACGUCAUUCUGGCAACGUACGGAGGGGAGGAUGGCGUUAUGGGCGAUAUCAUGCUUGACCCCGCUAAAGGUAACGUUGCGUUCGGGUCGGGCCUGCACGGGUGGGGCUUUAACUUGGACCAGUUCGCCAGGAUGUACGCGGACAGGUUCAAGGUCAAGGCCGAGAAGUUACGCCGCCGCCUUUGGGGGGACCACUUCUACAGCGCCACUGACCGGAAGUGGAGAAAAACGCCCGCCGAGGGGUUCACACGUGGAUUCAACUUGUUUGUUGUGGAGCCACUGGUCAAGAUGCUACGAGCGUGUAAAGACUCGGACAUGGAGAAAGUCUUAAAACUGACGUCAGGCGUCAACGUCACCCUAUCCACCGAAGAGCGCGACCUCGCAGGCAAGGGGCUCAUGCGUUGCGUCAUGAAAAAGUGGCUUCCGGCCGCAGACGCCAUGCUGGACAUGAUUGGCGAGCACCUGCCGUCACCGGAAGUGGCGCAGCAGUACCGUACCGACAUGCUGUAUGAAGGACCGCUCGACGACAGCGCGGCUGUCGCCAUGAAGAAAUGUGACCCAAACGGGCCUCUGAUGAUAUUCGUCUCCAAGAUGGUUCCGGCGGCCGACAAGGGACGCUUUUGGGCGAUCGGGCGCGUGUUCUCGGGCACGGUCGCCACGGGCAUGAAGGUCCGAAUCAUGGGGCCCGACUAUAAACCGGGCUCACAGACGGACCUCUUUGUGAGACCUAUACAAGGAACAAAGAUCAUGGUCGGCGCCAGCAACUACUCUGCCGGUGAGGUGCCCUGCGGUAACAUCGUUGGCCUUGGUGGCGUUGACAAGUACCUGCUCAAGACCGGAACCAUCACCACGUACGAGCAUGCGCACAACCUGCGCGUGCUCAAGUUUUCCGUGAGCCCUGUGGUACGCGUGGCAGUGGACGUCGUUAACCCCGCUCAUCUGCCGAAACUUGUUGAGGGUCUUAAACGACUGGGCAAGGCUGACCCAAUGGUCCAGUGUAUAAUGGAUGGAGGACAGCACGUGGUGAUGGGGGCCGGGGAGCUGCACCUGUCCGUCUGUCUGCAGGAUCUGGAGGAGGAGCACGCUGGCGUCCCCAUCAAGAAAUCCGAGCCGGUUGUUACGUACCAGGAGACGGUGUCGGCCGCCUCAGACCGGAUAUGCCUUGCCAAAACCCCCAACAAGCUGUGCCGCCUGUAUAUGACCGCUCGCCCGCUACCUGACGGACUGCCCGAUAUGAUUGAAAAGGGCACCGUCAAGGCAACUCAAGAUGUUAAGGAGAGAGGGCGACUUCUGGUAGACCAGUUCGAUUUCAACCUUGGCGACACUAAGAAGAUCUGGUGUUUCGGCCCCAAUGGUUCCGGCCCGAACAUGCUCGUGGAUACGUCCAAGGCCGUGAACUAUCUCCAGGACAUCCGAGACUCAGUGGUGGCUGGUUUUCAGUGGGCGACAGCAGAGGGUGUGCUAAGCGAGAGCACAGUCCGCGGAGUAAGGUUCAAUAUUGAGGACGCGAUGGUGCACGGCGACUCGAGCCACCGUGGCGGAAGUCAGAUUAUUCCAGCCACGCGGCGCGCCCUCUACGCCGCCAUGUUGACGGCGGGUCCGAGGAUACUGGAGCCUGUCUAUCUCGUGGAGGUGGCCUGUCCCAGCCAGGCUCUUGGCGGCGCCAUCAACCUAAUCUCCCGGAAGCGAGGGGAAAUCAUUAUGCAGACGCAACAGGAAGGGACACCCAUGUGUGUGGUCAUGGCGUACAUGCCCGUGAACGAGUCAUUCGGUUUCAAUGAGCAGCUACGAGGGGAGACGGGUGGUCAAGCGUUCCCACAAUUCCAUUUCGACCACUGGCAGACGCUUGCUGGUGAUCCACUGGACGCUACAUCCAGAGCAGGCGUUGUUGUGGCGGAAAUAAGACAACGGAAGGGUCUCGCCGAGAAAAUACCAGCAUUAGAAAACUACUUGGACAGAAUUUAAAUUUAAAAUAAUUUCAGUUUUAUUUUUACAAAUGGAAAACAUAUAUGCUACCAUCCUUUCCUGACAUUGACUGAAACCUUUUAUUGAAAACUUUCAUUGUUAAAUUGUAUGCAUUAACAAAAGUCAAACACAUUAUUUCUACAAUAAAAUGCAUGGUAACAUUA